AUGGACGCGCUGCCCGUAGAACUCGUCCUUCAAAUCUUUUCACGCCUCGACGUCCCACCGCCCUCUAUUCUGAAUUUCGCCCACGAACCUACCAAGGAUCUACCAAGCGCUCCAUCAAAUUUGACGCCUCUCAAGGCUCUCAGCCUGACCUCCCGCCGCUAUCACGCUCUUCUUCCCGUAGAUGAAGACACGCUCAACGCAAUGCAACCUGCUCUGAAAACGCUCUCGGCCCACGAACGUGACAUCUACACGAGAAUGCGUAAGAAGAUAGCGAAAGGCUUCCAAUGGGGAAUAGACAGCGGCGAAAUAGCCGAGAUGGUGGAGUUCAUCUGGAUCCGCAACGAAGACCACUGGUUCGCCCAGAGCAGCUCCGCGGUAUGGGGGCCUCCCCCUUUGAUCGAUAAAGUAGAAAGCCUCGUCAUUGUCGCCUCCAGGGAAUACGACACUAGGUACAAAAUCUUUCGCAACGCAGAGGCGGCGCUGCACCACGCCGUUGUGGAUCUCUGGACCCGCGUGUUCGAUGCCCUGGACCCGGAGAGAGUGGUAGUCGUUGCGCCGCCAGCCACGAUGAUCGAGCUAACGGAGUUGAUCAUUCCAAGCAACGGUACGUGGGUCUUCGAGAGGAACUUCCACUAUCUCGAGCUACGUCAGGAUUGGCCUACGAACGGCGGACGUGGGAAGAAACCGCGAGUACAGGUGGAGCAUGCGGCGGAGUGUGCUCGCGCCUGGGAUGGUUAUAGGAGUCUCAUCCAUGCACACCCCUGGACGCACAUCGCAUACAAUGAAGACAGCUGGGUGCUAGCAUACCUACCUAGGGAUAGAACUAACGGAGUGGUCUGCUGGCAAUGGGGCUGCCUAGAGACCUUCUGCCUCCUCCUUGAGCGCCUGAAUCGGGAAGCACAAGUCUGCUGUAGCCUCCGCAGCGUCGCCUUCAUCGCCGUCUUCCCCUGGGCUUCGCACGUUACUACUACGCUCCACCCGCUAGAACAACACCCCACGCCCGAGCGGCUCACCACACAACUCGCGCCAGGGCCGGAGAAUGGGGUACUAGACGAUGAAGAGAAACUCGGGGCGGAUGCGCCCCUUUGUUUCUGGCACGAGUGGAGAAAGUGCCAUCGCCACGUUGCGUGGUUCCUGUUUCGCAGGCAGUGGAGUACACAAAGAGGGCGUGCUGGAUUUCAGGGAGCGGAUAUCGAAGGCUCGCAAGGAGGUAGAGUGGACAAUGGAAGAGUGGAAGGAGGGGGGAAAUGGGAGGUGGAAGAGGGUUGA